CCUUUGAUAAAACUUUUGAACCUGACCAAAAACAAAAAGCUAGAGAGAGAGAGAGAAAUAAUGAGGGGAUUCUCCAGAAAAUCCGGCGCGGCGGCAAUCUUUCCGAUCAUCGCAAUUCUCACCGUCCACUGGUUAAUCUCCGUCGCGACCUCCCAAUCCGUCGGAUUCGCCGCCGAUUUCAUGCCGAUCGAGACAGAGUGCACUGGUUCCAUCGCCGAGUGCUCGACGGCGGCGGCGGAGGAGUUCGAGAUGGACUCUGAGAUAAACCGGCGCAUCUUAGCGACGACGAGGUACAUCAGCUACGGUGCGCUGAGGAGAAACACGGUUCCUUGCUCGCGCCGCGGCGCAUCUUACUACAAUUGCCGACGUGGAGCUCAGGCAAACCCUUACUCUCGUGGCUGUAGCGCCAUUACUCGUUGCAGGCGAUGAUGAUCUCUCUCUCACACUCUCUGUGUAUCUCAAUUCUUUUGUUUUUACUUUUAUACAAUUUUUCAGAUUUUUAUUAUUAUUAUUUUUGUUUCCUGGUAUUUUUAUUUACUUUUUUUUUGCUUACAAUUUUAUUACAAUAUAGUUUCAUCCACCUACAUAUAGAGUUUAUAUAGUAUGUGUGUACAUUUCUGGGAAUGUUUACAUUGUUUCUUGAUGUAAGUUUGCUAUAUGACCAGAAAUAUAUGUAUUACAAACUGUAAA